GUGCAGACCCGUUUUGUUGCUUCCCAUCCGCUGCCAUGGAAAUAGGGUGAAAAAAAAAAACAGCGAACUGUUUGGUAAACCUUCCGUCGUGAACUUAUUUGCAGCUCUCCAGACUGAGCUAACGCUGCUGGGCUUUCAUUAAAAUGUGUUCUGAUUUACAGAUUUUCCAAAUACAUUCUUUUGGACAUGAAUCCCUUCUGUUACAUGUUGCAUCCUAUGUGGCGAGGAGCAAUGCAUUACCAAGGACAAAUAUGAACAUCUUUCCCCUGCAGAUUUGCAUGGGAUUUGUUGGAAGUACUCGCAUGAAAUCCUGAUGUUCCUGGUGGGGCUGACCGGAGGGAUUGCCUCAGGGAAGAGCACUGUGUCCUCAGCCCUAAAGGAGCUCGGCUGCCCGGUCAUUGACGCUGAUGUGGUGGCCAGACAAGUGGUGGAGCUCCACAGCCCAGCCUACCAGAGGAUAGUGCAGCACUUUGGCUCUGAGAUCCUGCUGGAGAAUGGGGAGAUCGACCGUGAAAAACUGGGUCACAUAAUCUUCUCCAACCCAGAGAAACGCAGGCUGCUCAACUCCCUCACCCACCCUGAGAUCCAGAAGGUCAUGCUGAAACAGAUUGUGGGGUAUUUCCUGAGAGGGUACCGCUAUGUCAUCCUGGAUGUGCCCCUGCUCUUUGAGAUGCGCCGGCUCACCCGCUUCCUGAAGCACACGGUGGUGGUGUACUGUGACCCGGCCACCCAGUUGUCUCGGCUGAUGCAGAGGGACAGGCUCACACAGGAGCAGGCCGAGAUGCGCAUCGCCUCCCAGAUGCCUCUGAACGAGAAGCGGGGACUGGCCAGUCACGUGGUGGAUAACUCAGGUAGCCGGGAGGACACCCACAGGCAGGUUCUGCGGCUGCACGCUCAGCUGGAGGACUCCAUGGACUUCCUGUUGGUCAGGGCCCUUGCGAUUGCCACGGCGACCGGUAUUGGAGGCCUCCUCUUGUUCAGCCUGAAGCAGCUCCUCUCUUAACAAAGGAGCUGGAUGGGAUUGUGGGUAAAAGGCUUUUCAUCACGGUUCUGUGUCAACACGGGUUAUGAACUGUAGAGGAAAGAAACAAUGCAAGUUUAAUUGCACCUACUGUCAUUUUUUUAAUCUCUUAUUAUAGUUUUAAUAUUUUAAUGACAGUUUGCAGAUUUCAAUUCUUGAUCUGCUUUUUUUAAUCUGUACCGGACAGUUUUGUAUAGAAUUCUACAAAGGCUACAUUUCAAACGUUUCUGUGAAGUAUAGAUACUCUUUUAAGGACACCAGGACGAAAAGACUGGCCAACGUAUAGGAAAAACCUCCAUAUAAUUCAGUUGAUGUGUUUUAUGUCUGUCAGAGCUUCAAAGCAAUGCAGAAGAUUUGAGGGACCGGUCUGAAUUUGAUUAAACUGUGAAUCAUUUCCAACUUCAGCCAUGGGGAAAAGGGAUUUUAGGUUUUUGCAUGCUAUGAGAAAAGUUAGACUAAUACUGUAAAAAAGCUGAAGUUUUUCUUUAAUGCACAGGGGCACUUUCUAAAUGCACUGUCAGGUUCUAGCUAAAAAUAUAUGCAGCAGAAAAUGAUGUCAAAAGAUGUUGCACAGACUGAUCUGGUUGGUAUCUUUACAAACCAGUCUCAGUCCAGUUAUUUAAUUAUUGGCUGAACCUGUUCAAUUUAAGAUCUUUUCAAUGUUCUUUAGAUGAUAAAUACCUGCUGGAUUCCAGCCCUCCUGUAUUGAAUUGGUACACCCGUGGUAAAGUGGUUCAGUUGGACAUUGUGUUUUAUCCUCUAUGUUGUUUUAUCUGUAGUGAUUUAAAAUCUCCAUUAGAGGUCAGCAUUGCCAUUUGGGUUGAUGUUUUAUGUUGCUCUUACUGUCACAAAUGUUUUGGGAAUUAGACUAUUCUAUUUUUAACACUUUCCUUCUUUUUAUGAAUAAAUAUUUUGGAAUUCUCAAUA